AUGUUUGAUUUCUCAGAUAGUAUUAUUCGAAAUAAUUCACACGAUAAAGAAUUUAAAGGUCCAAUUCAUCAUCUCUUAAGUAAUAAGAUAGUUUUGCAAGAAGGUGAUAUUUAAGGAGGAAGCUUUAAUUCCUUUAUACUUCCAGAAAAUAUGAAAUUGUAAAUCACUCCUCCUCUGACUCCAAAAAACGCAGAGAGAUAAAAAACUUUUGUAGGAAGGAGAUCUGAAUUUCAAUCUGCCUAUGAAGUAGAUGAUUUAGAAUCAGAGAAAGAUAGCAAACCUUAAUUUUUGAGAUUAAUCAUUGCAAAAAGUUUACAAAAUAACUUCAUCAAUAACCUUUGGAAUAGAUCCUAUUUGAGGAAACUUUAUCAAUUAUCUCAUUAUUAAAUUGAAUAAUUAGAUGAUUUAUAAUUUGAAUAGGAUGGGUUUUCAAAUAUAACUUAUCCAAAUUAGAAAUCCUUAAUUUAAUCUCUAGCUUUAUGUAACCUAAUUGAUGUAUUUACUCCAUAUAGCAAAUUCAUAGUGAUUUGGGAUGUCUUCCAAAUCCUUACUUAUAUCAUGAUUUUCUUUUGGUUACCUUACAAAAUCUCUUUUGAAGUAUAUUACAUAAGUGAAUUAUUUAAUGGGGAUAGAGGCAGCAAGAUUAUUGAAAUAGUGCUCCUUUCAAUUUUGUCAUUGGAUGUAGUAGUUGGACUCAAUUUGGCAUUUAUUCAUAAGGGAUAAAUUAUCAAAGAUAGAAAAAGAGUAAUAAUCAAUUAUUUUAAUUAAUAUGCAUUUGUAGAUUUAGUAAUUAUAACAUUUUAUUUAUGGUCUCAUUAUCCACAGUUUCAGCUUAAUUCUUUAUUCCAUACCUUAGUUCAAAAGACAGUAACAUGCUUAUAAUUUAAAUAGUACUGGGUGCAAUAUUCUACAUUCUUAGAAUAACAAAAAUUAAUAAGAUAUUAGCAUAAAUCUAAGAGUAAUAAUAAUUUUAUCUAGAUUUUUUAACCUUAAUGGAUCACUUAAUGAUAUGGUUGGUCUAAUGAAAUUAUUAAUGACAAUUAUAUUUAUAGCUCACAUAUGUGGAUGUACAUGGCAUGGUAUAGCUCAUUACACUGCAAAUUAUUCUUGGUUGGAUGCCUACAAUUUAAGAGAGAGAACCAAUGGCACUAGAUAUAAUUAUUCAAUAUAUUGGGCAACGAUGACAAUGACAACUGUUGGUUAUGGAGAUAUUACAGCUUAAAAUGACCUAGAAUUACUAAUUAAUAAUAUCACUAUGUUUGUUGCAAGCAUAGUUUUUGCAUAUUCUGUUAAUAGUAUAGGAAUAUUUGUGUCGAAUAUGUAUAAAGGAACUAUGGAAUAUAGUAGAACAGUUACUUUAAUUAAUACAUUUAUGUCUAAAAAUAAAAUCUAAUUUGAUUUAUAAACUAGAAUAAGAAGUUAUUUAGAGUAUAUUUGGUAAGAAGAAUAAGAAAUGAAUGAUGAUGAAGUUGGUUCUAUUGUAAAAAAGUUAAGUAGACAUCUUUAAGAUGAAUUGUAAUAUCAAUUACGUGGUAAUAUUCUAAAGAAUUGUAAAAUCAUCAUGAAAUUGUUUUCUGAAUAAUUUCUUAAGAAUCUUCUUCAAUCAAUGGAAGAAUUAUCAUUUAGUCCAGAUGAGAAAAUAAUUACAUGUAAUUAAAUAGAUGAUUGUUCAUUAUAUAUGAUUACAAAAGGAGAAGUAGAAUUAAUAUUUUCAGGUAAAAAUUAGUUAGGAGAUAUGAUAAAAAGAAAUUCAAUCAAAGUACUUAAAUAAUAUGAAUGUUUUGGGGAAGUUGCAUUUUUUACAGGAAAUCCUAGAAUAGCUACUGCUAUUUCUAAAGGAUUUACUAGGGCAUUUAAAAUAAAAAGAGAAAAUUUUUUAGCUAUUUUACAAUAAUUUCCAAAUGAUUAUGAAAAGUUUUGUGAUACUAGAGAUAGAUUAAUUAAUAAUGAAUUCUCUUCAUUAUAAUUAAAUUGUUAUAGUUGUAAAAGCAAUAGACAUCUUAUAAAUAAUUGUCAUAUUUUACAUUUUUGUGCUGAUCAAGAGAAAAUAUUAAAAAAAGAAUUAUUUCCAGUAGAAUAAUGCAGAAGUAUGAUCUAUAGUAGAAAUAAGAAAACAAAAGUUGUUAGUGCAUUAACAAUGUAGAAGUUUUAUUCAGCAAGAGCACAUGAUCUGAUUUAGGAUGUUUAUUAAUAAGAAAAAGGUGGUACUGAUCUUGAUGAUGGAGAUUCACAUACAAUGCCUAUGAAUGAUGCAUAUGAAAAUGAUGAUGAUGAUGAUGGUAAAUAAAUUAUUUUAUUUAAUAGAUUUACCUUCUUCUAUAAAUUAACAAAGAAGUUAAUCAAUAAGUCUUAGUAAAGUAAGUUCAAAAUAAUAACAACAAUAAGUGGAUAUUGAAGAAUAAGAAUUAGACAAUAAAGGUUAUCAUCGUAAAUAAUGUCCUCCACGUUAAACUGUUUAGACAGCUGGAUUUGGACGUAAUACUAAAACUAAAGAUAGUAAUUGUAUUUUAUAUUAACAAUAGUUGCCUGGAAUGUAUAAUAAUUGAGUGAAUCCUAAGAUUCAUUAGAAAUACAAGACUAAGUUAUUCCUCUUUAAUCACAUAAUUAACAAAAAUCAAAUGAAUUAAUUAAUAAAUAUUAAUCAUCAAAGAAACUGAUUUCAAGAAGUGGGUCUGGAGAUGAUCCAUCUAAAAUACCUACAGAAAUUAGAAUUUCUAAAUAGUAAGGACAUUCAAAAAAUCAAUCUGAUCUUGAAAUUCGUAAUACUUUAGCUAGAGAACAAGCUAGAAAAAUAACUUCAAGAACAAGAACACAUAAUGAUGAUCCAACUUUGAUUACAGAUAAUUUGACCUAAAAUAAUAAUGCAUAUCAACUAUUAUUAACUCCUACUAUAACAACAAUAUUUUAAAAUUUUGAUAAAAUGUGUAUCUUUUAGUUUUAUUAACCAUUUAAUAAUUAUGAUGCUGUAAUCAAAAGGUAUUUAAUAUAAAUUAUUUAUUAAGAUAUGCAAGGGCAUAAAAAUUCUUUGGUAAAAAGAGAUUAUAUCCUGAAAGUUCUCUUUAUUCAUUUUACUUUAUGGCUAUUAAGAAAGGAUAUAAAUUAAGAAAAUUAGGAUAAUUAAUUCCUAAUGGAUCAACACGAUUCUCUGGUGGUGUUAAAUUAAUAAAAAAAGCAUUUAAGAAAAUGAGAUAACCUACAUUAGCAGAAUAAAGUGAUAUGUUGUAUUAAAAUAAAUGA